AUGACGGAAACUGUGAUAGAAAAGAAAAGAAAGGUUGAUUUAAAUGCCUCAGGUAUUACAAAACAACCAAAAGCUUCUAAAAUCUUCAGUCCAUUCAGAGUUUUAGGGAAUGUUACAGACUCAACUCCUUUUGCCAUGGGGACAUUAGGUUCAACAUUUUAUGCUGUCACUUCUGUUGGCAGAUCUUUCCAAAUUUAUGACUUGGCUACAUUACAUUUAUUGUUUGUUUCCCAAACUCAAACUCCUUCAAGAAUUACAAGUUUGGCUGCACACCAUCACUAUGUCUAUGCAUCUUAUGGUGAUCGUAUUGGUAUUUUUAGACGUGGUAGAUUAGAGCAUGAAUUGGUUUGUGAAGGGAACUCUACAGUUAACCAAUUAUUAGUAUUUGGAGAAUACCUUAUUGCUACCACAUUAGAAGGUGAUAUUUUCGUAUUUAGAAAAACUGAAGGAAAGAAAUUCCCAACUGAAUUAUACACUACAAUCAGAAUAAUUAAUUCUUUAGUUGAAGGAGAAAUUGUGGGAUUAAUUCAUCCACCUACGUAUUUAAAUAAAGUAAUUGUUGCUACUACUCAAUCUGUGUUUGUUAUAAAUGUGAGAACUGGCAAAUUAUUAUACAAAUCCCGGGAAUUACAAUUCGAAGGCGAAAAGAUUUCAUCAAUCGAAGCUGCUCCAGUUUUGGAUGUAAUUGCUGUUGGUACAUCUAAUGGAAAUGUAUUUUUAUUCAACAUUAAAAAGGGGAAAGUGUUGGGCCAAAAAAUUAUUACUUCUGGAACUGAAUCUUCUUCGAAAGUUGCCUCGAUCUCUUUUAGAACAGAUGGAGCACCUCAUUUGGUUGCUGGUUUGAAUAACGGGGACUUAUAUUUCUACGAUUUAGACAAGAAAUCACGUGUUCAUGUUUUGAGAAAUGCCCAUAAAGAGACUCAUGGGGGUGUUGCAAACGCCAAAUUUUUGAAUGGUCAACCAAUAGUAUUAUCAAAUGGUGGUGAUAAUCAUUUGAAAGAAUUUGUUUUUGAUCCUAAUUUAACCACUUCGAAUUCAUCCAUUGUUCCUCCUCCAAGACAUCUCAGAUCUAGAGGUGGGCAUUCAGCACCACCAGUAGCUAUUGAAUUUCCUCAAGAAGAUAAAACCCAUUUUUUAUUGAGUGCUUCUAGAGAUAAAACAUUUUGGACAUUCUCUUUGAGAAAAGAUGCUCAAGCACAGGAAAUGUCUCAAAGAUUGCAAAAAUCUAAGGAUGGUAAAAGACAGGCUGGACAAGUUGUUUCUAUGAGAGAGAAAUUCCCAGAAAUCAUUUCCAUUUCAUCCUCUUAUGCCAGAGAAGGUGAUUGGGAAAAUAUCAUAACCGCCCACAAGGAUGAAACUUUUGCGAGAACAUGGGAUUCAAGAAAUAAAAGAGUCGGUAGACAUUUGUUAAACACUAUUGAUGGUGGCAUUGUGAAAUCUGUAUGUGUGUCUCAGUGUGGUAAUUUUGGUUUAGUGGGAUCAUCACUGGGUGGUAUUGGAUCAUACAACCUUCAAAGUGGAUUGUUGCGUAAAAAAUAUGUUUUACAUAAACAAGCUGUCACCGGUUUAGCAAUUGAUGGAAUGAAUAGAAAAAUGGUUAGUUGUGGUUUAGAUGGAAUUGUGGGAUUCUAUGAUUUUGGAAAGUCUGUCUAUUUAGGCAAAUUACAACUUGAAGCACCUAUAACAUCCAUGAUAUAUCACAAACUGUCUGAUCUUGUUGCUUGUGCCUUGGAUGAUUUGUCCAUAGUUGUUAUUGACGUGACUACUCAAAAAGUCAUAAGAAUAUUAUAUGGUCAUACCAACAGAAUUUCAGGAAUGGAUUUCUCGCCUGAUGGGAGAUGGAUAGUUUCAGUUGCAUUGGACUCCACUUUGCGAACUUGGGACUUGCCAACUGGUGGUUGUAUUGAUGGGGUGAUUUUACCAAUUGUGGCAACUGCAGUUAAAUUUUCUCCUAUUGGUGAUAUCUUAGCGACAACACAUGUCUCUGGAAAUGGUGUAUCCUUAUGGACUAAUCGUGCCCAGUUCAAGCCUGUGUCCACCAGACACGUAGAAGAAGAUGAGUUUUCAACUAUUUUAUUACCAAAUGCUUCUGGAGAUGGCGGUUCAACAAUGCUAGACGGGUUUUUGGACGAGGAUUCUAAUGAAGACGGCACUAUUGAUGAACAGUAUACAUCUGCUGCUCAAAUUGAUGCAUCCUUGAUUACUUUAUCAUCAGAGCCAAGAUCAAAAUUCAACACUUUAUUGCAUUUGGAUACCAUUAAACAACAAAGCAAACCGAAAGAAGCACCUAAAAAACCAGAAAAUGCACCUUUCUUUUUACAAUUGACUGGACAAGCAGUUGGUGAUAGGGCAUCGGUUGCUGAAGGCAAAACUUCAGAACAAACAAAUAACACUGUUGAAGAAACCAACAGCAAAUUGCGUAAAUUGGAUACAAACGGUAACCACGCAUUUGAAAGUGAAUUCACAAAACUAUUAAGGGAAGCUGGAGAGAGUGGACAAUUUGAAAGAUUUUUGACUUACUUACUUAACUUAUCUCCUGCUGUAUUGGACUUGGAAAUUAGAUCACUUAAUUCAUUUGUUCCAUUGACUGAAAUGACAAAUUUUAUUCAAGCUUUAAAUGCUGGUUUGAAAUCAAACGCAAAUUAUGAAAUAUGGGAAACUUUAUAUGCCAUGUUUUUCAACAUACAUGGUGAUGUUAUCCAUCAGUUUGAAAAUGAAACUAGUCUUCAUGAAGCUUUGGAAGAAUACAGACAGUUAAAUGAUGAAAAGAAUAACAAAAUGGAUUCUUUAGUGAAAUAUUGUGCUAGUAUCGUAAGUUUUAUUAGUUAG